AUGCGACUAAAGCCCUGCCUCGUAACCUUCUAUCUCCUGUUACUUUCAAUCGUCUCAACUUAUAUUGUCCCUGCACUAGGUUCUGAUAUACUUCGUUACAAGCGCUCGAGACGUCAUUAUUUUACGGUGGACAACAAUGGCGUAUCGCCGGGCACCGAAAGUCCUCCAUCCACCACUCCAACCUCGACGGACGACGAAUCCGCAGACUCGGAGAACCGGCACAUCCACAAGAACGACGAUCUAUGCCUGGUAAAGUAUUGCGGUGUGGGAAGAGAGUGCCAAGUCUCCGCGGACGGUGAGGAGCUCGUCGCUGCGUGCGUCUGCAUUCAUAAAUGCGCGCGGAGGCAUCGACCGGUCUGUGCAAGCAAUGGCAGGGUAUACGUCAAUCACUGCGAGAUGCAUCGCGCGGCCUGCAACACCGAUACUCCAUUAAACACCCGAAGACUCUCUAGAUGCCUCAGCAAUGGUAAUUACAGCGCACAGGCACGAAAGGAUUUCUUUGCGUACCAUGCCUCCAACAAAGGCAAGAAUAUCGCUAAGUACGCUAAGUCCAAGAAUAAGACGAAGCAUCCGGUGAGCAAAUCGUUCCUACAAAAGAACGGUCACGAUAUCGAGAAGUGUUCAGCGCAGGAAUACGAGAUUAUGAAAGACAACUUACUUCUAUACAGUCACGCCAGACUAAUGGCCGAGGAUAAUCACAGUAAAGAGUAUUUGGUCAGCAUCAUGUUUUCUCACUACGACAGAAACAAUGACGGUAAUUUGGAGCGGGAAGAGCUCUUGCAGAUCGCCAAAGAAGAAAACAUGGAAGAACUAUGUGCAGGAUGCAAUUUGAGCCACAUGAUCAGUUACGAUGACACCGAUAAUGAUGGCAAACUGAAUGUUAACGAGUUCUACAUGGCCUUUAGCAAGCUUUAUAGUGUAUCGGUGGUAUCGUUGGAUAAAUCCCUCGAAGUGAAUCACAUAUCUGCACGAGUCGGGGACAACGUUGAGAUUAAGUGCGACGUCACCGGAACACCACCUCCGCCUUUGGUCUGGCGCCGUUACGGUACGGACGUGGAAACCCUCAGCGAACCGGAGAUUCGCGUUCUCAACGACGGUAGUCUUUAUCUGACAAACGUGCAGUUGGAACAUGCUGGUAAUUACACAUGCCACGCUCUUAGGAACCAGGACGUGGUGCAAACUCACAUGCUCACCAUAUAUACUGUACCCGAGGUCAGGGUGACACCACAAUUCCAAUCCAAACGACCAAAGGGAACGGCGAAGAUGAGAUGCCACGUGAUAGGUGAGCCUCUCCCUCGUGUACGAUGGUUGAAGAACGACAAACCCCUGAGCGAGGAUCAGCCAGACAAGUACGAAGUGAUCGGGAACGGUACUAAAUUGCUAAUCAGGAAGGUCGAUUAUGCCGACACUGGGGCUUACAUGUGUGAAGCGACCAGCGCUGGGGGACUAACGAGAGACAUCAGCAGUUUAGUGAUUCAGGAGCAACCUACACCGAUUGCGACGGAUGAAGAACGCAGAUUCUUAUCUUUUCAUGAGUGGGGUAUUUUAGUAUAUGAGCCAUCUACGUGUCACGCGUUACACGAAAUUCAUUCCACAGACAUUAUACCUGGUACUCAGGAAUACGUCUGCGGACCUAAAAAUGUUCCGUGUUCUUGGGGCCGUGCUAUUAAUGUUGCUGAUAGAUAUGUAUAUGUUAGUCAACCGGAUAAAAACCGCAUACUUGUGAUCAGCGAAGUACAGAUGAUGAUAAUUGAUGUUGUGGCUACAGAUAAAAAUCCGGUGGAUUUAUGGUACGUACAAAAUCUUGACUAUGUCUGGGUAUUAAACUGGAGAAGUGAAAUAGAUGUCGGUAUCAAAACCGUGCAAAUAAUCAAGGAAGCUGCUCAACGAAAAAAACAUCAUACAAUGCGACCAGAACCUAUUGAUGCACAAUUCGAUCUCGUGAAAGGCCUGUAUAUUCCACAGCAGCGAGAUACAAAACACAUAUUCAAAUACGGCUAUGUGACCCAUAUGAAUCAGCAUGGAAUGUACAAGCUCGAUCUGAUCAACAUGAGAUACACUCGUACCGUGAACUUGGCCAGUUAUAACUGCGUACCAACAAGCAUGGAAUUCUCCGAUCUUUACGGUUUUGUGAUACUGGAAUGCGAAGAGCCAAUCACUGGUCGACCAACUGGUCAAGUACUAUUAGACUAUCUUACUGACAGCGUUCUCGCUCAUAAACCGAGCAUCUUGGGAAAACCAGCGAUUUCUCCUGAUUCCAGAUAUCUAGUUACUCUCGACAAACAAAAUACUGGUGUCACUCUCGUGGUGCAGGAGAUAUUACCAAGCGGACUAAAAUUCGCUUUUGACGUGAAAACAACUUUAAAUAUCAGCGACAUUGCCUUCUAUCCAUCGCAAACAACACAUAGUUACGACAUAUAUGCUUCAUCGACAGACAAAGAAGAUAUCCUUUUCCUCGAUUUAACUACGGGAAAAGUGGAAAUGAUAACAGGCGUGGGAAAGGCAACACCACCACAUCUCACUAAAUGGGGUAAUCCGAAUAGACCGAUAAUACAAAGCGGUAUAUUUGGUCGAUAUAUGGUAAGCCCCUCCAACCAGGCACUCUUUGUUCUCAAUGGGGAGACCCGUACAGUGAAUUGUGAGAUUGGUGGCCUUAUACAUCCUGGCGCGAUUGUUUGGUUUACUGUUUCGUUGCGUUAAUGAAUGUAGCUUCGUGACGAUGACAAUAUGAGACAUACGUAUAUAAAUUGAACAUAGGGAUCCAAGCGGGUACCAAAGCCAAUUAUACUGAAAAACUUUAGAUGAAAUUAAAGGUA